AUGGCCAAAUGUCAAACAAUUGUCAAAAACUACUUAUGGGGUGAUGGAUCAUGUAAACAUGUUGCAGCUGCACUUUUUGGAAUUUUGACCUUCAGCACCGAUCUUCAUGACAGUGCUGGUCCAUCGGUUACUGAUGUACCAGCUUACUGGACGGCUCCAAAACGCAUUUGCAAGCCAGUGGCUGUAGAAGAUUUAGAUAUUAGAGCUGAUGUCACUACAGCACGCUCUGAUGGGCCUACACAUCAGGAUGGAUACUUUCCAAUUCCAGAGGAUCAACUUGAUAAAAAAAGGAUCGAAAAAGACAUGGUGAAACUUUUGAAAAACUGUAAAGUUCCUGGUGUUGCCUUAUACACGUUAUCUGAUUCAGAUUCAGAUUUAGAGGACAUCGAAAGAGAUAAUUUUAAAAACACAGUCGAUUUGGUUAGAGAUUCUGGAUACAGUAGUCUUUGCGAAUAUACACAUAAAUAUAAGGAUCAAAUCAGAGAAGGCACGUUCGGUCAAAGUAGUAAUCAAAUGUGGAAGUAUCAAAGACUUGGGCGACUCACUGCAUCUAUGUUUUACAAAGCUUACCAUUAUAAAGGAGGUAAAGAAAACAACAGCAUUGUAAAAUCCUGCCUUGGGAAGUAUGGAGACUUUACUACCAAGGCAACUCAAUAUGGCAUCGAGAAGGAGGCCAUUGCCAGAACUCAGUAUGUUGAUAAGAUGUUCAAUCUGCACACAUCUUUUUUAUGUGAAGAAACAGGACUUCACUUAAAUCCACAGUUCCCUUAUUUAGGAGCAUCCCCCGAUGGACUUGUGAAGUGUAAAUGUUGUCAGCAAGGUGUACUCGAAAUUAAAUGUCCAUUUUCAAUGCGAGAUUUGACACCUGAGGAAGCUCUGACUAAACUUCCCUCAUUUCGUGAAUCAAAUGGAAAAAUGGAACUGAUACAGAAUGUAAAUUCCCCAUACUACAUUCAAAUGUUAGGACAAAUGGGGAUCUGUAAGGCACCAUAUUGUGAUCUUGUACUGUACACUACCAAGGGCAUUUAUGUUGAAAGAGCUUUUUUCAAUGAAGCAUUAUGGAACAAUGUUGUAUUAAAGCUUAAAAUUUUUUAUGAAAGUUAUAUACUACCUUCCAUUUUAUCCAACUAA